UAUUUCCCUACAGAAUAAUGAAAUAAAAAAAAUACAAAACAUCCCAUUUUGUGUAAUAAAAUGUCUUCUCAUAAUAACUUUUUUUUUCAACCUCUCAUUUACGAUAUAUGCUAUGUUUGCGUAAUAUAAAAUUUUCAAUAUAUUAUUCAAUGAAGUUGAAGUUUAGUGACUUGGAAAUUCACAAAUGCGCUUCUGCAAAGGAUUUUUUUGCAGGCAGUUUUUGUGGUUUUGAAUAAAAUAGUCAGGGUGCGCAUUGUAGCACCCCGAACAUCCCUCGAAGAUGUGAAAAUGGGCAUUUGCCUCUUGAGGGUUGGAAGCAUUGCUCCCUCACACCAAUGCACAACCACCAACUCCACCACCACCUUGAUUUGGUGAUUUUAGGUUAGCUACCAGUCAGACUGCACUGUAGAUGGCUGUGUGCACUCUAUUUUCAAUAUGCAGCUCCGAAAAAUCGGUGAUAAAUCACGAAACACACCUACACAUCCCGCAAUACGACUCCAAUCACUCGAGUGUAAUGAACUAAUCAGUGGCAUUUGCUAUUACUGCAUUUACCCCAACUAAUUGAUUCCCUCAAGUGUUUAGUUGAGUCCAUAAGGAUAAUCCUGUCGAGAGAAUCAACAUUUUGUGGAUCAGAAUGCAAAAAAAUACAAUGAACAUGUACUAGGGUAAUUGCAACAAUUAGUGAAAGUUCAGUUGGCAAAAUUUGUGCUUAUCCACCUUAGAGGAUAAUAAGGGGAUAAUUGUAUUUAUAAUGCACUCUUGUGGUUUUAUUUGGGCCACCGAUGCAUUCGAAUAUAAACAUGGCCGACUGUGUGUUGUUCAGCAAUUGUUUGUAUGUGACAAUAACUCGUGAACGUCAUCUGGAGUUGAUUAAUUUGGAUACGAAAAAAUAUGUGCUGUAGGGACCCAGGCUGGUGUCUGGGUGAGAGAUGAACGUAUUUCGAUUGUUGAUACCGUGUGCAUUGCCGCGUGGAGAAGAAAGUGGUGAAACCCUGGAGAACGGUUGCUGGGCUGUGUCGGUCACCAGGAGGAUUGAUAAUGAUACACGUAUGACACAAAGAAUGGGAGCAUCUGCCUCAUCUAACCUUGCUGCCAUCGGGGGUGAUCCCAUUCAAGCAGCAAGGCUGUCGUCUUCCGGCAAUGUUGAUCAAUUCAGCAUCGGUGCAAGAGAGCGCAAAAAGAAGGUAACAGGCUUUGCAACCCUUCGCAAAAAAUUCAUUCGUCGUCGGAGAACGUCGAAAGCCUGUGACCACGGUCGUGUUAUAAGGGAACUAGUAUCAACCUGGAGUCCACUCGAGGCAAGUGCACUCCUAGAGGAAUACGAAGCCCUGGCAGCUCUCAAAGAUCUCCAUGUACAGGCAGAGCUAGCUAGACCUCCAGCGACAACUUUCAAACAGGAUUUAUCCACUCUCUACGACUACAAGCACUGCACAGACGUCGAUCUAGUGUAUCGUGGUGCAUGUUUUCCAGUGCACAGGGCCCUACUUUCAGCAAGAUGUCCAUACUUCAGGGAAUUAUUGGCUGGAUGUCCUGGUUACGGUGCGAGAAUAUGCCUCGAGUUGAGAACACCGAAUUUAGAAGUGCACAUGUUCUCAGCUCUACUCCGUUAUCUUUAUACUGGUGAUAUUUGUACACACGACUCCUCCCUCGAUGGCAAUUUAUUGAGACGUCUCGGGGAGGAGUUUGGAACACCCAAUCUCCUCGAGCACGAUCUCAGAUACUUACUCGAUACUGGUGACUAUGCUGAUGCUGCUUUAGUCUUUACGUCCGAUGGUGACUACCAAAGGCCUGACAGUGGAAGCUCCGAGUAUGGAUUCAGGCCAAAAUUAGAGCUGCCGUGUCACAAGGCCAUACUAUCGGCUAGAUCAACAUUCUUCAGGAACUUGAUACAGAGAAGAACGAGAUCUGGUGAGGAUCACACUGAGAGGGCACUCCAUAUACCCACGAGAAUUGUUCUUGAUGAGUCAGUUAUACCCAAGAGAUAUGCAAGGGUUUUGCUGCACGCUGUUUAUCUCGAUACUGUUGAUCUAUCGUUGAUUCUGAGGGGAAGUGGUUGUGGUAGCUCCGCCGGGAGUCUUGGAGAAGUCCAGGCACUUACGCACACUGGCAGAAUGAGACCUAGUCCCCUUGAGGAGGCCAUGGAGCUAUAUCAGAUUGGCCGAUUUUUGGAGCUCGAUAUUCUGUCACAGGGCUGUGAGGAUCUCAUUCUCGAGUGGCUUACGCACGAAUCACUGCCGAUUGUUCUGAGAUGGGGAAGUCAGCCCCACGGUUCAGCAUGGGUUCACAGACAAGCCCUUCACUUCCUCAGGGAGGAAUUCCAAACGAUAGCUUCCACCUCGGUCCUCUACCAGCUUGAUCACAGUCAUCUCGUUCAUGCACUCCAGAGUCACUUUCUCCAGGCAAGUGAAUUAGAAGUACUUCAAGCUGUUCUCAAAUGGGGUGAACACGAAUUAGUCCGUAGAAUGGAGGAUCGUGAGCCGAAUUUACUCAGUCACACCGUCCACUCGGUGGCACGUAAGGGGGUGAAAAAACGAGAUCUCAGUGACAUCGAGCUGCGAGAAAUUCUUAGUGAACUUCUACCACUCGUCAGGAUGGAUCAUGUAUUGCCACCCAACAGUGAAAUUUUACUGCAGGCAAUACGUCGAGGUCUCGUUUCAACGCCCCCCAGCCACAUGAUCGGUGAUGAGAGGGAAAAUAUGAGGAUCAAUGCGUGGAUACGUGGUGGAAAGAGGAAUGGCCUAUUUGUACGGCCUCGUUUAUUUAUGCCCUAUUACGAGGAAAUUAAGAGUCUAGUCGAAGAGCAAAUGAUUCAAGAAGCGGAACUAGUGAGACUGCGAAGAGCCCGAUACAUUCCCGACAUACCAGACACACUUUAUAUGGUCGAUGAGAAACCAAGGUCUAUGGGUGCAGUUGGCGUGGACGUACUUGCUGCUGCACUUCCUGUUCCAGACGCAAUGACAAUGUCUGCGAUGCUGAAACGCGAACAAAAACUCAGGCAGUCACCGAGCUGUCAGCGGGCUGUGACUUUACCCCUAUCUUGUCGUCACGAAAUAAACAGACAAGUGAGAUUACGAGUUGUACGUGAGUUUAAUCUACCAGACGCUGUUGCUGAUCUCCUCGAGAAUGCUGCGUUCUAUGGAAACGUGGAGCAGGACGAAAAUAUGACAGGAAUGGAGAACAUGGAGGCAGUUAGCCCGGGGAACAUGAGUGUCAGUACGAGUGCAACGGUGAACGUCUGCUAUGGGAGGAAUAUGACCUUCCCUCGGCCAAAUUCAUCGUAUGGUCUCAGGCACGAACUUCCGGCUGUUGUAACCGAAGGGGAGAAUUACAGACACCAGGGAGAGCAGCAGGAUAAUAAUCCUUGCGGCGAUGGGCACUUAUCUGGAAUAAUGCCGGACGUGGCCAUGGCAACGGCAUCGUUCGGUGCUCUUCAACUGGUGGAACAGCAGGAGUUGGAGUUGGACCUUGGGGAUGGUGCCUCUCAUCUUCUGCAGCAUGCACAGGGCUCUGUUAACAGCUUGGCACCUCAUCAUCCACUCCUUCCACAUCAACGCCAGAGACAUUUCCCUGGACACCCACCACCACCGUACAUUUAUCACCGUUCUACCACCGGUUUACCGAGAUUCAUUUGAGAUACGUAAAAAUUCAUCGAGGAUGCCUUCUCAUGAGGGAAUAACCAGCGGAAACAUCGACUGGAGGAAAUUGUUGCCAAGUUGUAAAACCAUUUCUAAGUCUUUCUGGUGAGUGUGUCGUAAGAUUCUGAAGGAUUGGAAAAAAGAGAUUAAAACAUUUCGCUCUGGUUAUUUUGAAAUUUAAUUUUUUUUCUCAGAGAUCUAUUUGUGUGGAGAAAAUUCUAAGGGAAUUUCUGCAUUUUUUGUUGGGAGUGGAAACAUUUAAAAUUCAGGGAUUAAUAAUUAUCUUGGUAAUGAGUGAUUAACAUUUUUAGUUAAAUGGUUGAUCUGUAGGAGAAGGGAAUUUGGAGGAUUCGAGUACCAGAGGAUUAUUGCUUUCGGCUUUACUUUGUUUGGAAUUUAAUUCCUCACAGGACGGAACAAUGGAUUGUUUACAUGUUGUAACCCAGGGGUAGUAGAGUAAACCGAUACGCGAAAAUACAAAUUGAGGAAAAGUGCGACUGAACCAGAGCGACUAUAACGGAAUUCUACUGUAUCAAAUUUGUAAUUGCUUGAACUGAUUAUUUUUGAUUUUUUAAUUAAUUGAUUGAUUGAUUGACUAAUUGAUUUUUUUAGAUGAAAAAGUUAUACAAAUUUUUUGUGGCGAUGAAAAUUUCAAGGAUUUUCAAAACGUCAGUAAAUUCCUCCGAUCCGAGUCUUCCAAAAAUAUUUCAGAUAUUUAUCAUUUCAAAAACUGAUUAAAAAUUUACAUUAUAAAUAAUGAGCAAUGAAGGGUCUUUUCGUUACAUCAACACAACAUUUUUUGAAAUAAUCGAUUGGUCUCCGGAUAACACAUCAUGAAACUUUUUUCAAAAAACCUAUGACACUUGAGAGUCACUCAAUGCCAAGAUAAUAAUAUAAUCCGUGACACGAUCUCAUGAAUUCUGAUUUUAAUGCAUUUUCUCGCCAGUCAUCUGCUGAAAAUUGAAAUAUAUUUUGCUCUGUUCCAUGAAUACAGCUCUCUUUGCAGUUCAAUCGACUCAAUGCAUGACACUUUUAUAAUUUCCUUCAAAAUAAUCUCUAGGAUGAAGAAUUUCUACGUAAGAGAAAUUGCAAAAAAAUGGCUGUUACAUAUAUUUUGACAAGUAAUACUUAGUAAUUAGUGGGGAAAACUGGUCAGCAGGGACUGUGCUUGGUAAUAUAUAUCCGUGUAAAUGUAGGCCCAAUUGCGAGGUGUUUAGGGUUUAUUUGUUGGCCACAAAAAAAUGAUAAAAUAUUGAAAAAAAUAUAACAGAUGGCAUCAUUAAUAUUGGACCAAUCUAAAUAUUAUCGCCUAGAUGUAGUAGAAUACUUUAAUAAUAGCCAUGUUGAAGUGUGAACAGUUAUUGACGUUUCUUCCAAUUUAUUUUAAAAUACUUUGCCAGGUGAGGAAAUAUUUGUAUAGAACGUGUUACAUUAGGGGAUCAUUAUUUUGGUUAUCACUAAUUUAGUUUCUCGCUUGUUCGUGUCCAAUUGGAUAAUUUGUGUGCGUGUUGUACCGUUCAUUAGAGGAAACGGUAAUUUAUUCCAAGUUCAAUGCAAAUAUAUGACAUAUGGGUUCGUUAUGUUUUCAAGUCACUGCCAUUACGAUAGGUGAAAUAUAGUUUGUGAUUGAGCAUCACUCGAGGGGUGAAAGUCCCCAACAGGAUAAGAAUUAUUGAUAAUUAUACGUUGGGCAGUUCGUCAAUUAGUGUGAGAAGAUGCGAGGAUUGAUUUUUUAUUGACGUGCAAUUUUAUCAUUUUUUUUUCUCGUUGUGGGUGAAUAUAAAAUACUGUACAGUACUAAAUGCAGACAUUUGUUGACGGAUGCAAUUACAAUCGUCGCCUUCGACUUGAGUUGUAAAUUCACGUUCAUCGAUGUAUUCUCUUUUUGCUUCCUAUAUUAUUCGUAGUUAUUAUCUCGACUUCGUGUUAAGACAAGGAAGUCUAUGUUAUUAUUGUAUUGUGUUAUUUUUGUUCUCAUAAAUUAUUCCAUUUUUUAUUCUCAAUUAUUUCAUUCAUUCAAACUUAAUAAUGACAGUGGAUAAUAUUCUCGGGAAUUAAACAGAUUAAUUAACCAUUACAUCCCGUAUUAUCGAACGAUGAUUGUCGAAAUGCCCUAUGUUCAUGUAUACAUCAUGUUUGGAAAGCAGAAUUUGUAAAUAUUUUAGUUUGUAAAAGGAAAUGAGGAUGACAUGAAGACAAAAGGUAAAGUGAGGAGAAAAAUCAACUGAAUUGCCAACUGUUUUUUUAUCAUGUACAUAUUGGGAAGCGAUUUGGAGAAUCAAGGAAACUCCCGCCUCUCUUCUAGUGUUGGCCUACGUUAUAUAUUUUUUUUUCUCCAUCGAAUGUUCAAUUUGAUGAUAUUCAAUAGCAAAAUUUAUUCAGAGCGCCACAGGCAAUGCCAGCCAAUAUUCUUUCAGGGGAAAACAAAAUUGUGAUGAGUCGAAAAGUGGAGAACAAGAGAUGAGAAGAAAAAAUCUAAAAAUUUAUUAAUAAAUAGACAAAUUUUUUUCCUUUUCAGAUUGUUAAGAGGAAUACUUGUCAAGUUAAAAGAGAAAAUGAAAUUUUCUCGAUAUUUUACAGUUGUGACGUUAAUUACGAAAGUCUUCAACUCAUCUCCCAUUCUCCACAUGUUCGCUACAUAAUUGAAAAAAAUGUUGAGCACGAUAAAAACGAAGAACGAUAAAAGUUCGUGUUCUUGAAUGAAAUCGAAAAAUAAAUGGAAGUGUGACCAAACCAAUUAGAUAUUUAAAACUCUGUGCAAUUGUAUUUUACUUGAAAAAAAAGUGUGAAUGUAAGCAUGUUUAUUGAUUGAUAAUAACAAAGAAAAGCAGAACGGAAGAAAAAAAAGUAACAAAAAACAAGUUGUGUAUACGUACGUGUAUAUAUUAUGUCGCAUUAAUGUAAUUUAGAUAAUUGCGUAUUAGAGUUUGAUCGAUUAAAUUUUAGAAUCGAAACGAAAAAGAAAAUGAAAAAGUGAUGAUUCACACGUAAUUCCGUUCUCUGACAUAAAUUAUGCAUUAUAUUAAACAAAAAAAAAACCCAGUUAUUACAAAUGCGUAAUGCGUCUAGACUGAAUAAAUUUAAUUUGUCAAAUUGAUUUUAAUGAGUAUCUAAGAUCUCGCCGUUGUAACUUAUUCAUGAUAAAAAAAAAAACUUAUUAUUUACACUUUGUUUUUUUUUUAUGGAAAAUUUACUUUCGUACCUAGUUAU